AAAGACAGGGCGUGUGACGAGCACAAUGGCUCAAUUUAAGGACAUAGCUGUGAGGAAGACCACGUCUCUGAAUCUGGUGACGGGAUUCUUUCAAUACCUCCGCGAUGAACAGGAGUCGGUUCAGAAAAGAACGUUCACAAAGUGGAUUAAUUCUCACCUAGCCAAGCACAAACCUCCCUUUGAAGUCAACGACCUGUUCGAGGACAUCAAGGAUGGGGUGAAACUGUUGGCAUUGUUGGAGGUUCUGUCUGGACAGAGAUUACCAUGUGAACAAGGCAGACAGCUGAAAAGGAUCCACUGGGUUUCCAACAUAGGCACUGCGUUAAAGUUCCUGGAGGGCAGGAGGAUUAAACUAGUCAACAUUAAUGCCACAGACAUCGCCGAUGGACGACCAUCUAUUGUCUUGGGUCUGAUGUGGACCAUUAUUCUCUACUUCCAGAUUGAAGAGUUGACCAGUAAUCUGACAGCCCUUCAGGCAUUAUCCAGCAGCGCCUCUUCUGUUGAUAGCAUGGCCGGCUCUGAGACCGGCAGCCCACCCAUGAAACGCAAAGUGGUCACCAAGUUUCAGGGCAAUGCCAAAAAAGCCAUGCUUAGAUGGGUCCAAACCACAGCAACCAAUCGGCUGGGAAUUACGGUCAAAGAUUUUGGUCCCAGUUGGCGUAGUGGUGUGGCUUUCCAUUCAGUCAUACAUGCCAUUCGUCCGGAUCUUGUUGACAUGGAUGUCGUGAAAACCAGAAGUAACCGCGUGAACCUGGAGGAAGCAUUCAGUGUGGCGGAAAAUGAGCUCGGGAUACCGCGUUUACUGGAUCCUGAAGAUGUGGAUGUGGACAAACCUGACGAGAAAUCCAUCAUGACUUACGUAGCUCAGUUCCUGAAACACUACCCAGACCCCCACCAGUCUGAGGCAGAUGGACACCAAGAAGAACUGGUUCGUUCCAUUCCUACAUUUGCUCUCUCUAUUCCCACUCUACAGUAUGACCCACAAGAUAUUGAGCUUAUGCUUGAGAAAGAGGAGAGAAAGAUGCUGAGGGAGGUGAAGGUUUGGCUGGAUCAGCUGGAGAGAGAUGUACUGCGUUUGCAGGGUUCUGAGGAGAGUCUCGCCGACAAAUAUCAGUCCUUUAAGAGCUUCCGUGUGCAGUAUGAGAUGAGAAAGAAACAGAUCGAGUCUCUGUUGCAGCCCGUACACCGAGAUGGAAAACUAUCGGUGGAUCAGGCCGUGGUCAAGCAGGCCUGGGAUCAGUUGUCUGUCAGGCUCUUAGAUUGGCACAUCCAUCUGGAUAAAUCUUUGCCUGGUCCUCUGGGAGUGAUCGGAGCUUGGCUGCAUCGGGCAGAACUUUCCCUAAGAGAGGACGUGCCCAUUCAACAAGCCCAUGAGGAGACGGCCAACAUCAUCCACAGAAAACUGGAACAGCACAAGGAGGUGCUGAAGAAUUUGGAAGGACACAGACAUGCGUUUCAACAGAUUCACAGAGACAGAUCUGUAAACGGGGUUCCGGUUCCCCCUGAUCAGCUUCAGGACAUGGCGGAAAGAUUUAAUUUUGUGUCGACAUCUUCCCAUUUCCAUCUUAUUAAACUUGAUUUCUGGGAGAUGAAGUAUCGGCUGAUGGCUUUUCUCAUCCUGGCGGAGUCAAAGCUGAAAUCUUGGAUCAUUAAAUACGGCCGUCCAGACUCUGUAGAGCUGCUCCUGCAGAAUUAUAUUACUUUCAUCGAAGGCCAUAAGUUCUUCGAGCACUAUGAAACAACGUUUCGGACCCUGAAACAGGCAGCAGACACGUACAUGAAGUCUGGAGCUUCCGCGGAGGAGUGUGAUGGAGUGAAUAAGUUUCACAGUGACGUCACAGCCCAAUGGAAGAACCUGUCGGUGGAGGUUCGUAGCGUGCGUAGCAUGCUGGAGGAAGUGAUCUGUAACUGGGAGAAAUACAGCAGCACCGUGGCAAGUCUGCAGGCCUGGCUGGAGGACGCUGAGAAGAUGCUCAACCAAUCAGAGGGCGACAAACGGGAGUUUUUCCGGAAUCUUCCGCACUGGAUUCAGCAGCACAUGGGCAUGAACGAUGCUGGAAACUUUCUGAUCGAGACGUGUGAUGAGACCGUUUCCAGAGAACUGAAACAGCAGCUGCUUCUCCUCAAUGGCCGAUGGAGAGAGCUGUUCGUCAAAGUCAAACAUUAUGCCAGAGCAGAUGAAGUGGACAAACUGAGAAAAGAUUAUGAAGAUGGAAUUGAAGCUUUGAAAGCGUUUAGUGACACAUCCAAGGAGAGAAUGACUACUCCAGUUCAAGUGUCAUUUCUGAACAUCAGGACGUAUCUGCAAGACGUCGAGGACAUCAAGCACAAGGUUCCAUCCAUGGAGGCCGCGUACAAAACGGCCACGCGUAACGCGCAGCAGCUGACCAAAGACCUCACGGAGGAGGAGAUCGCGCGGAUGCUGGCCGCCAUGGCAACAAUCAAAGAUGAGCUCUGCAAGAUCAGAGAGAGAGCUCUGCCCCUGCUGAGGGACUCCCAGGCCAUGCUGCCUCCUUUAGAAGAAAUGGAGAAAAACAUCACUGGGUUCUACCAGUCGCUGGAGAAGGCGAGCCGCAUCACCUCCUCCCGGGACUCCGAGGCUCCCGGAGACUUCAAUCAGAAGUGUCAGGAGCUGGUUACAUAUCAGCAGAGCUGCAAAAAGUGUCUGUCAGUCAUUGAUAAAAACCAUCAGGUCAUUCUGAAAUCUUUGGACACCAGUAAGAACCUCAAACAUCUGGACACGUCGCUGCUGGAGAGGAGAAUCGCUGAGCUUCAGACAUCUUCACAGGCCAUGGUGAAAGAAACCACUGAGUGGAAGCGACACGUGGAGGCCAACAGCAGUCUGAUGAAGAGAUUCGAGGAGUCUCGCAUGGAGCUGGAGAAAGUUCUGAAAAUAGCCCGCAGCUCCAUGGCAGAGCGAGGAGACCCAGAGGACCUUCUGAAUAAACACACAGAGUUCUUCAGUCAGCUGGAUCAGAGAGUUCUCAAUGCGUUUCUCAAAGCCUGUGAUGAGCUCACAGAUAUUCUGCCAGAGCAAGAGCAGCAGAAUCUGCAGGAGACGGUCCGGAAGCUUCACAAACAGUGGAAGGACGUUCAAACAGAAAUUCCUUUUCACCUGUUGCACCUGAAGGUGGAGAAUGAGAAGAGUCGUCUGAUGACAUCACUGCAGGAGUGUCAGUCCGAGCUGGCUCGUGAAGGCCGCAGUCUGCCGAGCGUGGGCAGUGAGAGGUUGAUCAAAGAUCACAGGAUGUUCUUUAAAGAGAAGGGUCCUCAGGCUCUUAGUGAGAAGAGAUUACAGCAAAUGGAAGAACUCUGUCUGAAGCUUCCCGAGAGCGAACAGGCCCAGCAAACCUUGGAAACCUCCAGAACGGCGUUAGCCGAGCUCAGAGAGGAGAUGGAGAGCACGCAUCAGAAACUCAUGCAGCAUCCUGACAAAUGGAAAGAGUUUAACACCAGGUUUUCUGAGCUCUCUGCGUGGGUGACGUCAAAGGAAAGUCAACUCAGACUUCUGCGAAACCGAGCUGGAGACCCCAGCAAGUUGGAGCAGGUCAAAUCUACGAUCGAGAGUCUGAGGAAUGACGCUGAACUUCAGGAGGGGAACGUGAGCUGGCUGAAGACGCGUGUGGCCGCACUCAUUGAGGUUUGCACACAGAGUGACGCCCAGCGGCAGGGAGCCGCCCUCAGGAAACUCUCCACUGACUUUAAGGGUCUCCUGACAUCCCUGUCUGAGUCUGAGAAAGUGGUGCUGGCGGUGGGCGACUGCGUGCAGUUCAGAGAGGAUGUUAAAACGACACUAGAGGAGCUGACCCAGGGUCAGCGGGAACUACAGUCAGAGGCCAACAAGAUUCUGGAUUCUGAAUCUGUCAGAGAAGCCCAACAACUGUUGCUGCUUUAUCAGCAACAACUGAAGCGUCUGCGCUUGAAGAGGAAAGAAAUGCAGGAGCAGAUCAGUCGUGGAAAGCAGCUCCAGGUUGAGGAGGGUCUGGAGGAGAGCUUACAAGAAGAUCUGGAGACACUGGAGAGCACCCUGAGCAAAAUGGAUCAAAGCAUCGAAUCACAGGAACACAAGCUGGAGGUGACUUUAGCGGCUUGGCAGGAGUUUGACACUCAGCAGGCCGCAGUGAAAGAGUUUGUGGGUAAAGUGCGAUCGGUCACAGAGAGAGAGAUGAUCUUUAGCAGUCCAGAGAGUCUGAGCACAGAGCUGGAGCAGACCAAGGAGCUGUUAAAACAGAGCGAAACAGAGUCCAAACAGGUGAACGUUCUUCUAAAGAGGGCCAUCGAGAUUCAACUAGGGCCCAAAAAUCAGUCUCUCCUGCAGGAACAAGCACGUGCUUUGAGUGAACAAGUGGACAAAGUUGAAGAUGACCUCAAGAGAGAGUACAUUGUGACAUUAGAGGACAUGAAAGCUCAAUGGGAUUCAUUUGGGAGUGAGUUUGAAGCAUUUUCAAUGUGGAUAACAGAGAGAGAACGAGAACUGGAUGUUCUGAAAAGCACCAGUGGGCCUCUUGAGCAGCAGAUUCUGACUGUGAAGACGAUCAGUGAUGGUCUUCAGGAGAGAGCAGAAGUCUUGCCCAGGCUGGAGGAGAAGUCUCAAGCAUUGGUCCAGUUUCUGUCCUCCGGCGAGGGCGCUCGCAUCAAAGCUCGCUUGACGCAGAUUGGGAGGUACUGGGAGGAGCUUAAAGAAAGCGAGGAACACCUGAACAGACGUUUAGAAGAAAGCUCCUCCCAUCAGAUUAAGUUCACUGCUAAUCUUCAAAAGGUACAAGCAGAGGCUGAAGACAUCCAGAAGAAACUGGACAGCCCUGUCACUUCAUGUGUCUCCUCAUCCGAGACCUACAAAACUCUGCAGGAACACAUGGAUGUAUUUCAAUCCCUGGAGAAGCUGAAGGCCACCCUGCUGUCUCUAUCCGCUGGAUCCCGCCGCCUCAGCGAGAGGGGAACAGCAGAGAAGUCUGUGGCGUCUCUACAGCAAACUCACGAGCAGUGUUUAAAACAAGCCAAAGAGAAGCAGAACCAAAUGGAGAGCCUUCUGUCGCUUUGGCAGAAGUAUGAGAAGGAUUGGUCUGCCCUGCAAUCGUGCCUCGAGCGCUGUGAAUGUGUAUCCGGCUCUGAGACUCACUUCCUCCCUAUUGACAAACUGAAGCUGGAUGGAGAACUUCUGGAACUCAAACACCUACAGAGUGAACUUCAGUCGCUAGAAUCGGUUUACAACAGACUGAUGGCAGAAGAACAAACUCUUUACUCCACCGCAUCAGAGCAGCGGGUGAAGACCCUCGAAGAAGACCACAAACAUCUGGAGAACAGAUGGAUCUGUCAGACGGCAGCUAUUCCACACAGAAUACAAGUACUUGAGAAUCAUCUGACUCAAGUGGAGCAGUCCGAUCAAGCCCUGCAGAAGUUCUCCAAGUGGGGAGAGUCUUUCCUCUCAUCUCUGCACUCGUCGUCUCACGUUGAUAUCACUGAUCUUCAUCCUUUUACAGAUGAUGUCAAGGAGAAGAAAGAAACGCUGCAGAAACAAAAUGUUGUACGACAGGAUCUUCAACAGCAGACCAAAGAUCUGUGUGAUGUCUGCGAGCCUGCUGUGGUCCAACAGCUUCAGGGUAGAUGCGAGAGCUCCCUGCAGCCCUACCUGGAGGCCAGCCAGCUGCUGGAACUGCGAGGCGAGAGUCUAGAAAAGCUAGAAGCCUUUUUACACACCCACAGUGUGGCCGCCGGUGUCCUCCGGGGUCUCAGACAGACCGUGGAGAGCGCCGGGAGCUGGGACAAGAGCCGCGUGGAUGAGCUGCAGCAAGACAUGGAGGCCAUCGUCCCCGACAUCAGUCGCCUGGAGACGCUGGCAGUGAACCUGGACGGCAGCCUCUGUAAGGCUCAUCUUCACCCGAUCGAUGGGAAAGCGGGACGCGCGACGUGCCGCUCGCUGGCCGACUCCUUGAGCGCGGAGAUAGACGCCGUGAGGAACCUACUGGGCUCGAAACAGAGCGAAGCUGAGGCUCUGGGUGCCCUGUGGAGCUCCUUCAGACAACGCAAAGAGCAACUGCUCAAAACGGUGGAGGACAUCGAGGAGAAAGUGGAUCAGCAGUGUCUGAAAGAGCCAAAUGUUCUUACUCUACAGCAGAGGCUUCGCUUCUUCAAUCAGUUGGAGGACGAGCUUCAGUCCCAUCAGCAUGAGGAGCAGUGGUUGAGAGAUAAAGGUCAUCAGCUGGCUCAGAGAGAUGCAGAGCUGGGCGGUGAGGUCCUGAGAGAGAUCCAGCUUCUUCAAACCAGCUGGGAGGACACCAAGAAACUCAUCGCUGAAAGGCAGGAGCAGAGCGGUGCUUUGGUUGAGCUCAUGAAAGACUAUCACAGUCUGAAGUCUUCAAUAAACAUUAUAUUAGAGAGCGCUGAAGCUAUCCUUGAUAUUAAAGCUGCUUUAAAAGACCAGGAGGACACCAGGAGAUCUCUGAUGAAGCAUGAAGCUGUGAAAGCUGAGAUGGUCAGCAACCAGGAGACACUCGAGCGCUUCUCCAGCAAAGGAAAACAACUUCUGAGCGAAUUAAACCGCAUCCCUGAUUGUGACGCACAGAUAGUGAAGAAAGAAAUGGAUUCUACAGUGGAUCAGUGGCUUGAUGUGUCAGAGAAAAUCGAGGAAAAUCUCGAAAGUCUCAGAAGGAGCUCUGCUUUGUGGUUGGACAUCUACGAUAUCAACGCUGAGAUUGAAAGCUGGUCCAACAUCUCCAUGAUGGAUCUCACAGAUGGAGUGAAUAAUUUCAACGACAGCCAGAAAACAGAGAACAGACUGUGUGAAGUCAAGGUGGAUGUCGGGCUAAAAGAAAGAAAGAUAAAUACUUUCCUAGACAAAGUGUCAGAGCUGAAAGAACUGUGUGGUGCUCAGGACACUCCUGCUAAACUACAGGUGAUGGAGACGGACCUCAGGAGGAAGAUUAGUAACAUAGAGGAGUUUUGUGAUCAAGCCAGGAACAAUCUUCAAGACUUCUGCUCUCAGAAGAAGCAGCUGGUGGAUUUCCUCUCUCAGAUGUCCGAGUGGCUGAAGAACGUUGAGCGAUCUUUGUUAGAUUCACCCUGUGAAUCGGCUCCAGAGGAGAUCUGCAGGGUGAAGGAGAUCCAAAAAGAGCUACAGAAUCAGCAGACCAGCAUCGACUCUGGCCGGGAAAGCCUGAACACGCUCUGUCGAAAAUACCCGUCGGAGGAGCUGGCCGCUCUGGGUUCAUCGCUGACGGACCUCAUCAAGAAAUAUGAAACGGUCAAUCAGCUGUGUGUUAAAAAACGGAGCUCCUUACAGUUCGGCCUACAGCAACACUUCAACGAUCUUGUCAAGGAGUUUCACACAUGGCUUUCUGGACAGAAGGACAUCGUGAGAGAAUGCUCCGAUCAUUCCGGCGACAUGACCCUAGUAGAGCGCAAACUACAAAAACUGAAGGGAGCUCUAGAGCGAGUGGUGGACGGAGACGGUCGUCUUACUCAGGUGUGCACAGAGGGCGAGAAGCUCCUCCUUCAUCUCCCCAAAGCCGGCGCGGGACAGGUCCAGCAGAACCUCUCCUCCAUCCAACAGGACUGGGACAGCUACGUGGAGCAGUGCAAGCAGAACCAGCAGAACCUGGAGGACAGCGCCAGCCUGCUCAAAGGCUUUGAUGAGCGUCUGCAGAGGUUGAGCCGCUGGUUGGAGCGCAUGGACGUGAGGUUGAGCACGGAGCUGCCCGAGGGGAGACACAGCGACCAGGAGAAAGCCAUGCUGGAGCGUGUGGAGGAGUUUCAGCAUGAAGCGCUCGGAGAGAGGGAUUCGUUUGAGGGUCUGUGUCAGGAAGCUCAGGCUCUGAGCGAGGGCGGUCAUGGCAGCGGGGCGGAGCUGCGGGCGUCUGCGCAGCUGCAGCUGCAGCAUCAUGAUCUCCUGAAGGCGGUGAGAGAGAGACUGCGCAUGUGUCAGAUGAGUCUGCAGGAGCAGCAGACUUUUGAGGAGAUGCUGCAGGGAACGUGGGCGUGGCUUAGCGGCGUUCAGGAGCGACUUAAUUCACUCAACAGCACCGGCGGAAAUAAAGAAACUCUGGAGAAACGACUCGGACUGGUGCAGGACAUCUUGCUGAUGAAAGGCGAGGGAGAAGUGAAGAUCAAUAUGACAGUGGGGAAGGGUGAGCAGGUGCUGAAAAACUGCAGUCGAGAUAAACAAGAACUCAUUCGCUCUCAGCUGAAGAGUCUGAAGGAUUCAUGGGCCAACAUCCUCAUGACUGCCAUGAGCUGUCACAGUCGUCUGGAGUGGACGGUAUCUCAGUGGUCCAGUUUUCUGGAGAGUAAAGCUCAGCUUCAGCAGUGGAUGGAGAUGGUGGAGCAGGAGGUUGGUGUAGCUCUUCCUCAACAGCCCGGGCGGAAGGAGAAGUCCUCGCUGCUGGAGCGUCUGCGGGCCAUACAGGCCGACGUGGAGGUCCAUACUUCAGCUCUGACCCGUCUGAACGAGAAAUCAACGGAGCUUUAUGAGAAGACCGGAGACCAGACCUUCUCUGAAGCACAGAAAUCUGAGUUCAAUACCCAGUUUACAAACAUCACGGCGGUCAUUAAGAGUAAAGUACAGCAGAUGGAAGAGGUGGUCAAAGAACACGAGCAGUAUGUGGGGUCCGUGCGUGACUUCAACGACUGGCUCACGUCUGCUAAAGAAGAACUCCAGCGCUGGUCCGAUAUGUCCGGAGACGCCGCGUCUGUUCAGAGGAAGCUCUCAAAAGUCAGAGAGCUUUUAGAGUCCAGGACGUGCGGGCGCGAGCGUCUUUCACGAGUGCAGCGGUGCGGAGCCUCCGCUCGUGACCACACGUCCACGGUGGGCUGCGAGGUGCUGGAGAGAGAGGAGGCUGGACUGCUGUCCGCCUGGGAGCAGUGGGAACGUGGAGCCAAACACGUGUGCUCCGGUCUGGAAGGCGUCCUGGAUCAGAUGGCUAACUCGGAGCAGGAGUUCAACAGUCUGUCUGCGCAGCUGGAGCAGGACCUGCAGGAGUUCAGCGGAAAACUGAACGAGUGGAGGAAGAACCUGCAGCAGGUGGAGCAGAUGACGUCCGGUGAAGAAGCCGUGCAGGGCUGGCAGGUAGCAAAGGACACACAGGAAGCUCUCCUGAAUGUGGAGCCCAUGUCUGAUAACCUGAAGUCUCAGCUGAAUGAUCUGUGCCGCUUCUCUAGAGAUCUGGGAGUUCAGUCUGAGAGAGUGUCCACCCUCAUCAGAGAAUACAACAGUCUGAGUCUCCAGGCGUCUCGAGAGUGUCAGGGAAAAGAGAAACUUCUGGAGCAGAAAUUCCGUGCUUGUUUUCGAGAAUUUCAACAAUGGCUGGUGAAUGCCAAAAUCAACACGGCGAAAUGUUUUGAUGUGCCUCAAAACCUCGCCGAAGCAUCGUCCAGCCUGCAGAAGAUCCAGGAGUUUGUGAGUGACCGAGAGCAAGGCCAGGGGAAACUGAACGCCGUGGCAGCCAGCGGCGAGCUCCUGAUGAGCAUCACAGCUAAAGACAGAGUAGAAUCUAUCAGAGCCAAAGUCAACACAGCCAGAGAAGACUGGAAAACACUCAUGACUAACCUGCACCAGAGAGAAAACGCUUUACAGAAUCUUCAGGCUCAGAUGAGAGACUUUGAGACGAGCGUUGAGCCGCUUCAGGAUUGGUUGAACGAGACUGCGGAAGCUGUGCAGGAGAGCAGCAGUCGACUACAUGACCUCACAGCCAAGAAACGGGAACUGCAGAGGUUACAGUCUCUGCUCGAGGAGUUAGUCUCUAAGGAACCUCAGCUGCUCAGGUUGAGAGAGAAGGCCCUGCACCUGUAUGACGGACACACGGCCGGAAAGGGCUUUGUGCACCGUGUCUCGCAGCUCUCCGCGCAGUAUCUAGCUUUAAGCAACCUGACCAAGGAAAAAUCCUCACGAAUCGACCGCAUCGUGUCCGAGCACCAGUUGUUCUCUCAGGGCCUGAAAGAGCUUCAGAACUGGAUCACUGACACCAGUCACAUGCUACAAACCUACUGCACCCCCACCGCGGACAAGAACGUCCUGGACAGCAGGAUGAUCAAACUCGAGGCUUUACUAACAGCACGUCAAGAGAAAGAGAUACAGCUGAAGAUGCUGAUGACCAGAGGAGAGUCUGUUCAGAGGAACACCUCCGCUGAGGGCGUGACACUCCUCCAAAAACAGAUCGAAGACCUCAGAGAUUCAUGGGAUGGACUGUUGUCUGCUUGCAUUCAAUGCAAAAGUCAGCUGGAGGGCGCUCUCUUGCAGUGGACGAGUUAUCAAGAGGACGUGCGUCAGUUUGUGAGCUGGAUGGAGACGGUGGAGGAGACGUUAAACUCUUCAGAUAAGCAGUGCUCGGAGAUGAGAGAUAAAACCACCAACUUGGGCAAAGCCAAAUUGCUCUGUGAGGAUGUUGUGAGUCACAGCAGCGUCCUGGAGGUCAUAUCCAUGAAGGGAUCCAGCAUGGCCGAGCAUUACGUCACCCAGCUGGAGAUUCACGACCUGCAGGAGCGGUACAGCAUUAUCAAGGAUAAAGCUCAGUGUGCCGUGGCCAAAGCCGAAGAGCAGGUGUCAGCCCAUCAGGAGUACCAGAGGAGCCUGCACGAGUUUAAAGACUGGCUGGAACAACAGCAGGAGACACUGAGCUGUUACACUCAACUGGAGGGAGAUGUGGAGACGCUGGAGGACACGCUACGAAAACUACAAGAGCUCCAGGUGCACUGUACCGAGGGUCAGGCGCUGCUCAACGCGCUGCUGGUGACCAGAGAGCAGGUGAUACCCUGGGGAUCUCCACAGCUGGAGGACAGAUGCCUGGAGACCGUCCAGCAGGACUGGAGCUCGUAUCAAGCCCGGCUGAGCGAGACCCGAUCACAUCUCAACAGCGCUCUGGCCAAACUCCGGCAGAUCGAGCAGAAGUUCCAGCGUCUGGACAGCUGGCUGAAGGUGAUGGAGAGUAAAGGACAGCUGCGCUCCGGCCGGCGCUCAGACAGAGAUACCAAACAGGCCCAGCUGCAGCUCCUGAAGGGCUGGCAUGAGGAAGUGCUGGUGUAUCAGGACGAGAUCGAGGGUCUCGGUCUUCUUGCACAACAGGUUUUAGAAGAGACGCACAUCAGCAGCAGAGUCAGCACAAGAGCUACACAACUCACAUCACGCUACCACGCCCUGCUGCUACACUUCAUGGACACAAUGAAACAGCUGAAGGAGGAAGUGUCCAGCAUCGACGAAUCUCAGAGCGUCUUCCACACCUUCUUUGAUUGGUUGAGCACAGCUCAAAAGAACUUCAGCAGUGUGACCACCACAACCAUCGAUGUGGUCGAUCGUGUUGCUCUGGAGAAGAAGAUGAAGAAACUAGAGGCUCUGCGGGCUGAUAUGAAGAUGGGCCACACCUUCCUGAAGACCAUGCGCGAGAAGACCGAUCGUGCCAUGAUGUUCCUGGAGGAAUCUGAAGGAGAGCAACUGAAGGAGGAGGUUGACACUCAACUUUCUCAACUGGAGAGUUUGAUCAGAAGUCUGCGCUCGGAACUCAGUACCACAGAGAAAUCCAUACAGCUCUCCAAAGACUUCCUAGAUAAAUAUAAAGCUCAAACACAAUGGCUAACAGAGACGAAAUCACUCCUGGCUUCACCCGUGGAGCCGAAGGCUGAGCUUUACCAGAAGAAAGCACAGUUAGCCAAAUAUAAGACUAUCCAACAGAGCAUACAGUCCCAUGAGUCCGCAGUCAGAUCUGUUAUCGAGCGAGGAGAGGCUCUUCUAGAAACUAUUCGUGAUCCGUCUAUCAGCGAGAACAUCGGCAAACUGAAGACUGACUAUGACGACCUGCGCAACGAUGCUCAGGUCCGCGUGCAAAGCUUGACGGAGAGCGUCCGAGAGCAUGAGCACUAUAACGGCGAACUACAGGAAGUGGAGAAAUGGCUGCUGCAGAUGUCCAGCCGGCUGGUCACCGCAGACUCAAUGCUAAGCGGAAAUUUGGAGACGGCCACCCAACAGCUAGCCAGACACAAGGCAAUAAUGGAGGAGAUCGCCAGCUUUGAGGAGCGUUUGACCAGUUUUAGGGAGAAAGGCGAACAUCUCACCAGUAGCUGCUCGGAGCAAGUCCAAGCCAAGAUGGGUCAGCAGUUGCAAGCCGAGCUCCAGGGAACCCGAGACAGUUAUUCAGCCAUCUGCAGCACGGCUCAGCGUGUGUAUCAAAGUCUGGAUCGUGAGCUUCAGAAGCACGUUAGUCAUCAGGACACCCUGCAGCAGUGUCAGACGUGGCUGUCCACCGUUGAAGAUGAGAUUCAGAUGCACGCACAAGCUCCUCACGGCCUUCAGGAGGCUCUCAAACAGAUGAAGCACCUCCGAGCUCUGCAGGAACAGGCCAGCACAUAUCUGGAUCUGGUGUGUUCAGUGUGUGACUUAUCAGACGAGACUGUGAGAGAAACCGCUACCAAAAUACAGCAAACUAAAACUAUGAUUGAGGGGAAGAUGGCGAUGUCUCAAGAGGUGUCAGACAGCUGGAGAGAGAUUAAGGAACAGAAGCAGGAACUGUCAGCCCUUUUCCAGGAUCUGGAACAGCAACUGCAGAGUCUCUCCAGACGACCUGCUGAACUGGAGCCUAAGAUUGCUCAGAACAUGCAGGAUCAAGCCAAAGAAUUUGGCGAGCAGCUUCAAAACAGACAAAGCACUUUGACAAAGAUGACAGAGCUUGUGAGUAAACUGACAGAUGGGAAGGAGUCUCCUGAGCACGCAGAGAUUGGUCGACUGAGUCACACAUGGCUGGAACUGUGCCAUCAGGCCAAAAAGCUGCAAAUGCAGAGAGAAGAAGACCUGCAGAGGACGAAAGAGUACCAUGACUGCAUCGCUGCCAUGGAGGCCCUGUUUGAACAGGUGUCAAAGGAAUGGGACAACCUGGCCAGAACUGAUGCCGAGAGCUCAUCUGAUCAUUUAGAGGCCCUUCGGAAACUCUCUGUUAUUCUCAAAGAAAAGAAAAGCACCCUUGAGGACCUCAAAGACCAGAAGCAAAAGGUCAUGUACCACCUAAACCUGGAUGACAAAGAGUUGGUGAAGGAGCAGAUCGGACAUUUCGAGCAGCGCUGGGCUCAUCUUGAAAGCCUCAUUGAGAGGAAGAUUCAAGACUCCAUCGUGACUUUAGAAGACAUGGGCCAGGUUGAAGCCCGUUUGAGGGAGGCUUGUGAGUGGGCCGAGGAACAGCAGCCUGCACUCUCUGAAGCAAUGAAGAUGAGUCCUCCACCUGAGCUAGCCCAAAGUUUUCUCUUCGACCAUCUGAGCAUAUGCAGCGAACUGGAAGCCAAACAACUCCUUUUGGCCCAGGCCAUGUGUGAUGCAGAAAGAGUUUUAGCACAUCUGGGGUUAAACGAAAGGCAACGAUUGCAACAGUUGAUUUCAGACACUCAAGCACAGGUGGAGUUGCUGAGCAUCAAAGUGGCUCAACGCAGAAAACACUUAAGUAAAGCCUUCACGGAGAGGACUCAGUUUCUUCUGGCUGUCAGUCAAGCUAUCACCUGGGUCCAACAGAAUGAGAAGAAAGCACAAGCAGAUGAGUACAUCGCCCUUCUUCCCGAUGACCUAUCUAAGCAGGUGAGAACUUGUCGGAACAUCCAGAGCAGCCUGAGAGCCUACCAGAGCGAGCUGACCUCGCUGUGGUCCCAAGGACGAGAUCUGAUGAAAGACGCCACCGAGGAAGAGAAGGCCGAAAUGCUCACCAAACUCCAGGAGCUGCAGAAUAUCUUCGAAGUUGCCCUUCAGAAGUGUAGCCAAAGACUUCAAGAACUGGAAAAAGUUCUGGUGUCCAGAAAAUACUUCAAAGCAGACCUCGAGAAGAUAUGUCAGUGGUUGAAACAAGCAGACAUCGUGACAUUCCCUGAGAUAAACAUCAUGAAUGGUGAUUCCGAGUUAAGCUCGCAGCUUUCAAAAUACCAACAAAUAUUGGAUCAGGCGAUGGAAUAUGAGAAUCUCUUGUUAACUGUGCAACGAACGGGUCAGGAGAUACUUCCCACGUUAAAUGAAGUGGACCAUUGUUACUUGGAUGAGAAAUUAAUCGUUCUUCCCCAACAGUACAAUAAUAUAUUAGCACUAGCCAAAGAGAAACAAGAGAAAAUCCAACAGGCCAUUCUUGCCCGCCAAGAGUAUGCCUCCUUCAUCGACGUGACCCACAAGGCUCUAAAAGAACUAGAGGAACAGUUUCAUAAUCUGGGAAUGCAGACCAUUGGUCUUCAGACAGAGGAAGUCAUCAGUCUUCAAGCAGAUUAUAAAUCUCUCCUUGAGGAGCUAACCAACCUUGGACAAGCUGUCAGUGAGCUCAACCAGAAAAAAGAAGGUUUCCGUAGCACGGGUCAACCGUGGAGACCAGAAGAAAUGACCCAACUGGUCAGCCUUUACAAUGGACUCAAGAGAUUGAUCGAACAGCGGGUGGAACAUCUCGAAGACACUCUGGAGUCCUUCGAAGACCAUCAAGCUAUGGCCAUGCAGGUUGACUCCGAGCUGAAAGCCACCAAAGAGCAGCUGGUGAAGGUCAACGCGGAGACGCAGUCCGCCGAGGAGCGAUUGAAAAACUAUCACGGCCUGGCCGCCACCCUUCAAGGUGCCAGCUCUCACCUGACCCGACUCAUGGAGCAAAUGGAUAACCUGGUGUCUCACAUGGAUCCGGCAGCCCACGAGGCCUCCAAGCACCGGGUGACCUCCUGGCAGGAGGAGCUGCAGUCCUUGCAGUCGUCGGUCGGGGAGUUGAUUGUUGAGUGCGAGAACCGGUUUGUUCAGAGUAAAGACUUUGAAACGGAAGUCAAUAGGACCUUAACUUGGCUUCAGCAGAUCAGGGAUGAACUUGGCUCUGCUGUGGUGGUAGAUGUGAAGGUGGAGAAAGUUCAGGAGGAGAUCAGGAAACAACAGAUCAUGCAAGAAGAAGUGCAGUCGAGGCUGAGGAUAGUGGCCGCUCUGAGCACCAGAGAGAAGCAGAAGUACACCAAUGCCAAUGAGCUCGUCCCUGCUCACGUGGACUCUAGUUUACAAGAGAUGGCCAAACUGGAGGCGGACGUUCAGCGUGCCCUCAGCUCCAAACAGAUUACUCUGGAGCAAGCGCUUGCCUUUUGUCAGAAGUAUCACUCUAGAAUGCAAACGGCGUGCGAGUGGUUGGAGGACGCCGUAGGCUUCUUGCAGCAGGCCAGUCUCGGGGUGGAUGUCGAAAACUAUGAAGAAUGUCUAAGGCAACAGGAAGACAUCAUGGCCACCGAGCAGGAGUUUCUGGGUGUUCUCGAGGAGUUGGAAUCUCUGCCACCUCAACUAGAGGACCUGGUGAACCCUACAGCCAAAGAACAGCUACGACAAAGUGUGGAGUCUGCACAGCAGAGAGGAGUUGAGGUCAGAGACCAGCUACAGUGCCAUCAGGACGUCUUAAACAGCUGCGUUGCCCAGUGGAACAGAUAUCAGGAAUCCCGACAGACCGCCAUUGAGCUGAUGAAUGAGGCAGAGAAGAGACUCACAGAAUUUUCCACAGCCAAGGCUGGAACCAGUCUGGAGGCCGAAGAGAAGCUCAGGAGUCAUAAGGCUUUGGUUUCCAUGGUGAACGGUUUCCAGGAAAAGCUGACCAGUUUGGAGGAACAAGCUUCUCAGUUGGAGCAGAUUGGCAGUGACGCUAGUAAAGCCACCAUAAGCCGGUCUAUGACCACGGUGUGGCAGCGCUGGACCAGGUUACGCAGCGUAGCGCGAGGCCAAGAGAGGGUGUUGGAGGAUACGGCCCAUGAAUGGAGGACGUUUAGGGAGAAGAUGAUGAAGGGGAGAGCUGUAGCAGAAGAACUGAAGAACCGUGUACCUGAUUGCACCGCUGAGAAAGCCUCCAAAGCAACACUGCAGUCACAUGUGGACCAGUAUGAACUGGUCAGUCAGGAUCUGGAGAGGGAGAUGUCAUCGCUGACUCUCCAACGGCAGUACGCUCUGAGCCUGCUGCAUGACGUGGAGGUGCCCGUGCCAACAGCUGAUCACGAUCAACUGCCAAGUAUGAAUGAGAUCAAAGCUGUCCAUGAUCAGCUGGAGAGUCUCCUGCAGAAGGCCAGGACAGGUAAGAGUCGAGUUCAGAAGGAGCUGACGGACAGGGAGGGUGUGGAGAGAGAACUUAGUCUGGUUAAGAGCUGGAUUCAGAACUCCAGAGAGCUCUUACUGAACCCGACGUCUGAUCUGGACAUUCUUACACAUGAGAUGGAGGUCAUGCAUGGAGAGUUAAUGACUCGCCGUCAGAAUGUGGACAAGCUUGCCGAGCAGCAGCAGAGUAAAUACUUGGACCUGUACACUAUACUUCCAUCUGAGAUCUCUAUGCAACUGGCUGAAGUGUCGCUGGCUCUGGGGUCUAUCGAGGACCAGGUCCAAGCCAAAGAGAGAGACAUCCAAAAGUCAAGAGUUAUCAAAGAAGAAUUCAAUUCCAGGAUUCACGAUGUGUCCGAAAAAAUGAAGGCCGUUUCCGCAGCACUAAAGGAACGAGCCACUGACAUAGAUCAGGCUAAAGAUGAGACCAGACAUCUCUGCGAUGAACUCGAUGUCUGUGGAAGAACACUGGCCGAGCUCGAUGUUGCCGUGCAGGACUUCGGCCGUCGUAAUCCUCUCAUAGCCAGACAGCUUGCCGACGCUAUCGCCAAGUUAGGAGAGAUCCAUCAUCACACGCUUCGCCUGGCAGAGUUCAAGUCUAUAUGGCUGAAGAAAGCUGAGGCACAUCUAGAUGAAUACAGUGAGAUGUUUGAGUUCAUAGUGAAGUGGACAGACAAAGCCAGAAGUCUGGAGAAGGCCAACAUCAUCUGGCACUCGUCAUCUCACCUGCAUGAACAAAUCAGAAUAUAUCAGUCUGUUUUGCGUGAAUCGCACGAGCUUCACGGUGACCUGGAGGCCAUGCAGGAGAAGGUGGAGAUCCUCUCUGAGACGCUGCAGGUGGAGGCUAUGGGACAGCAGAGGUCAGAACUGAGCCGUCUCACUGAAGAACUGGAGCAGAGCAUUAGAACUCGACUGCAGAGUCUACAGGACGCAGCGAAGGAUAUGGAGAGGUUAGAGGGAGAAGUGAAGGCUCUACAUGUGUCUCUAGAGCAGGUUCAGGCCACGCUCACAUCUCCAGAACUGGCCCGACUGAGUCUUAAAGAACAACUGACACAGAGACAGCGUUUGCUGUUGGACAUGGAGAACUUCAAGCAGCAGGUGGAGGCCGUGCAGGAAUGUCAGAGCGCUCUCAGAGUUCCCGAGGAGGUGGUCACCAGUCUUUCCAUCUGUCGCACUGCUCUCUGUCUGCAGCAGGAAGCCAGUCAACUGCAGCACACUGCCAUACAGCAGUGCAACAUCCUGCAGGAAGCAGUGGUACAGUACGAACAGUACGAACAGGAAGUGAAGAACCUGCAGGUCAUGAUCGAAGACGGCCACCGGGUCAUUCAGGACCAACCUGUAAACACAAGCAACAUCCAAGAGCUGCAGGCUCAAAUUCACCAUCAUGAGGAUCUGGCCCAGAAAAUCAAAGGUUACCAGGAGCAGAUUGCAUCCCUGAACUCUAAGUGUAAGAUGCUGACGGUGAAAGCGAAACACGCCACCACGCUGCUGACCGUGAGCGAUGCUGAGGGUUUAACCGGGAACAUGGAGGAUCUGGAUGGUGAUGCUGCUCAAAGAAAACAGAGCCUGACGCAAACCAAUGUGGGCUCGAUGUCAUCUGGUCGCUGUCAGUCUCUCUUGUCUCCUGUAACUGAGGAGUCCAGUGAGGAGGUCAGCUGCAGUGAGAUCUGCUCUCCUGCUUUUUCUUCGUCUCUGUCUUCGAUGGCUAACACUGAAGCAGCUGUUAGUAAGACGACACGAGCGUCUCUCAGCAGGGCUCCCGUCCAAGAACUGUUCAAUCCCACGCUGGAGUCUGUGGCCAGUUUAGAUGAUCUCCAGCGGUCAUGGGAGACCCUGAAAAACGUGAUCAGUGAAAAGCAGAAGUCUCUCUACGAGGCUCUGGAGAAACAGCAGCGCUAUCAGGGAUCUCUGCAGUCCAUCUCUGCUAAGAUGGAGUCACUGGAGGUCACAUUAAAUGAGCCGCCCAUGCACGAUCUAAGUCCUGAUAGACAGAUUCUCCUGCACCAGAAUCAGAUGGAGGACAUUGCCAGACUUCAGGGUGAUAUAGAUGGGCUUCGGUCCAGCUUCACUGAAGAUCUGAUCUCUGAUGCUGUGGAGUCAGACUCGUCUGAUCAGUUGGCCAUGCAGUCCACUCUUACCGUAUUGUCAGAGAGGAUGGCCACCAUUCACAUGAAAGCUUCUGGAAAACGACGACUUCUAGAGGAGAAACUGAGUGACCGUGUGGAGAAGCAGCAGCAGGCACAGGCUUUACAGAGAUACUUCAACCAGGCCGAUCAGCUGGACCAAUGGCUGCAGAGCACUCGCGGUGACCUCACUUCCUGUUCUCAUGAGUCAAAUGAAGAGCAGCUCCAAUGCUAUCAGAACAUGCUGCUGGAGAUCCAGGAGAAGGUUGUGGCUCUGACAGAUCUGUCCAGACACGGCGAGACGCUUCUGAUGGAGGGCCAGCCGGAGAACAGGGAGGACGCCGAGCAGCUGGCUGGGAAACUGCGCACGCUGAAGGACAGUCUGCUGGAGCUGCAGAGGAUGCUGCAGGACAAAUGCGUCAAUAUCCAGGAUUCCCAGCGAGAAGCGUCAGACUCCAGUGAGUCAGACUCCAGUCGCUCUCAGAGCCCAAAUGUACAGGACUGGUUGGCUCAGGCCCGCUCCACACGCACCCUACAGCAGCAGGACAGCCUGCAGAGACAGAAGGAACUGGAAGAGCAACUGGCAGAGCAGAAGAAGCUGUUGAAAUCUGUAGCCAGUCGUGGAGAGGAGAUCCUCACCCAGCAGUCUUCACCGACCUCUCCUAGCAGUGGAACAGAGGACCUCUCACCUGAGCUGGAGGUGAUGGGAGACAGUGAGGCUGUGAGGAGACGGAGAAUGAAGAGAUGGCAGAGUCUGAAGAAAGACAUGAACACCAAACUACAGCUGCUCAUGAACACACUGGAGCAGGACAUCAGACAGCCGGUUUACUCCAGAGCGGGGCGUGUGAAAACAACAGCUCUGGUUUAUAAGAGCGAAGCUCAAAUCCAGGACAAGUGCACCCUGAUGUCUCUGCACAAUGGAUUCAGUCAGACAAUACGUGACAUGAGUCCUCAGGCGUCAGAGAGAGACGUGAUUCUCAUGGAGCGGCAGCUUUAUACAGCGCUCACUGCCACAUCUUCUUGGGUGGAUGAUGUGGAGAACACGCUGUUUUCUGGACCUGCGUUGCUAACGGAGAACGCCGAGACGCAGCUUUCCAACCAUGAGGCAUUAGGAAAGGAAGUAGCAGAGGUCACCAGAGAGGUCAACCACAGCCAGGGUCAGCAAGAGGGCGCUGUUGGUCUGUCUGAAGAGGAGAAAGAUGUGAUGAAGGACACACUUGACUGUCUGACCCGCCGACUUGGAGCUCUGGACUCAGCACUGGAGCGCCGCUGUGACGCCAUGCGGAGAAAAAUGCUCGAGCUCGCAGCAUUCCAGACGGAGAUGCAGCAUCUGUUCACUGCGCUUGGCGAAAGUAAAUUUCAGAUCGUCCAGAAAAUGGCGGGAAUACUUGACCACACCACAACUAAACAAGCAGAAACUCUCGCAGAAGCAGAAGAGACGCUGAGAGGCUUCGAGCACAGAAUCACAGAGCUGAAGGCCAGAGGGGCGGAGCUACAACCUGACCAGUUCUCCACCAAUGAGCUGCUGAAGCUACAGGACGCUUAUGAAGAGCUGGUGAUGGUCGUGGGCUCUCGGCGGAGCGGACUGAACCAGAACAUGGCCCUAAAGAAUCAGUACGAGAGAGUUCUGCAGGAUCUGAUCGACCUGGUUGACACUGCUCGGGAUAAGAUGACCGCCGACCAGAGGACGAUCGCCAGCUCAGUGGACGAUGUGCAAAACCUUCUAGACAAACACAAGGAGUUUUUCCAAGGCUUGGAGUGGCACAUGGUCCUAACCGAGACGUUCUAUAAGAAAAUCAGUGCCUUUGUUCAGCCACACGAAAGUCAGACUUUGGAGGAGACGCUAGCUGGAGCUCAAGACAUUCUCAAACAAGCACACAAGAGAGGAGUUGAGCUGGAGUGUAUCUCAGAGAGGUGGAAUCGUCUCGUGUUGGACUAUCAAACGCUGUAUCAGUUGCUGGAGAAGGUGGAGACCAGCUUGCCGACCGUCGGCCUGAUGGAAGAGACCGAAGACAGACUUACAGAGAGAAUCAAUCUUUAUCAAGCACUGAAGGCCAUUCUCACCGAGCAUCAGCACAAACUACAUCAGGUGCUGGAGGAUGGUAGACACUUCCUGUCAUACGUCAGCUGUCCCAGUCUGGAGAACCAGCUGGCUUCUCUGGGUGAACACUGGAUGAGCAACAGCACAAACAUCAACAUGGAAUUACAGCAUCUGGAUUCUGUGCUGAAACACUGGACCAGGUAUAAACAUGAGUCAGAUGAACUGAGCGGCUGGCUGGAGGACGCUCGGGAACGGAUGGAGUUUUGGAACACGCAAACCACCGGUCCACAGGACACUGUUAAAAACCAGCUGUCAGCUUUUCUGGAGUUCAGUAAAGAGGUGGAAAGCCUCUCCUGUCUGAAGACCUCGGUGCUAAAUGAAGGAAACCAGCUGCUGAGACUCAAGAAGAUGGACACGGCGUCUCUGAGGUCUGAUCUCGCCCGGCUGGACUCACAGUGGUCUGAACUGCUCGCCUGUAUUCCUGUGGUGCAGGAGAAACUACAUCAGUCUCAGAUGGAUAAGCUGGUGUCCCAUCACACUAUCACUGAACACGAGAACUGGAUUUUGCUAAUGGAGAGAGUCGUGGAGGAAGAUGAAGAGAAUCUCAAGGGGGCGGUCGGGUCAAAGGUCAUCUUGGAGUACCUACAGCGGUACAAGGGCUUCAGAGUGGACAUCAACUGCAAACAGCUCACCGUAGACUUUGUAAACCAAUCUGUCGUUCAGAUCGGCGGUCAGGAGAGCAAACGGAGCGACACGACCGAUUUUGCAGAGAAACUGGGAGCAAUGAACCGUCGCUGGCAGAUUCUACAGACUCGCAUCACAGAGAGAGUACAACAUCUAGAAAGCUUGUUGACGUCUUGGCAUGAAUAUGAGAGUAAAGUGCAGAAUCUUCAGGCGUGGCUGAACGCUCAAGAGGAUCGGCUCAAGAGAAAGCACAGGAACGAGAACUUGUCCUCGGUCCAGAAUGCACUCAAAGACUGCCAGGAGAUGGAGGUGAUGAUCAAAGAAAAGGAGAGGGAGUUGGAGGGAGUGGAGGAGCAGGCGUGCGCUCUCGUCCAAAACAAGACGGAUGAGGCGUGUGCUGUGGUCAUGGAGUCUCUCCAAACCCUGAAUAACACAUGGGCCAACCUGGACCACCUGAUCGGUCAGCUGAAGAUCAGUCUGAAGUCUGUUCAGGAUACGUGGAGUCAAUACAAACAAGCGUCUGAGGAGAUCAACGUCUACCUGACGGAGGGACGAUAUUCUGUGUCUCGCUUUCGUCUGCUGACGGGAUCUCUGGAAGCUGCGCAGCUGCAGGUGCAGAGUCUGCAGAAUUUACUGACGGAGCUUGAGAAACAAGAGAGCAGUCUGAGAAAGUUUGGAGCGGUUACACACGAGUUAUUGAAAGAAUGUCACCCUUCUGUUUGUGACUCGCUCAAUAACACCCUCAAAGACAUCAACGCCCGAUGGAACGGUCUUCAGGAGGAGAUUGUGGAGCGUCUGAACAGCAGUAAAGGUCUCUUACAACUCUGGCAGAGCUAUAAAGAUCUUUACAGACAGAGCGACAGCAGCGUUCAAAGCUCAGAGGAGAGAGCCAACCAACUGCUUAAGAGCGCCAGCCGCAAAGACGUCACAGAAGAUGAAGUGUCCACAUGGAUCCAGGACUGUGCUGAGCUGCUGAGGUCUCAAGCUCCGGUUCAGACGUCUCUUCAAGUCUUACUGGAGCUGGGAGAGCAACUCAAACAGCAGGUGGACACGUCAGCCUCCGCCUCCAUCCAGUCUGAUCACCUGACGCUCGCUCAACGACUGAACGCUGUAGAGCAGAGUCUGAGUCGACAGCAGGCCGUGCUGCAGGCCGGAGUACGAGACUACGAGACGUUUAAUGAGCAGCUGGACUCUCUGUCUCGAUGGAUCGUGGAAGCUGAAGAGAUUCUGGAAGGUCAGGAUCCAAACGAUUCGUCUGAUCAAUCGUUGAUCCACAAUCGCAUGGAGGAGCUGAAGAAGCAGAUGCUGAAGUUUAGCAGUGUGGCUCCUGAUCUGGAGCGCUUGAAUGAACUGGGUUACAGACUCCCUCUCAACGAUUCUGAGAUCAAACGCACGCAGAACCUCAACAGAAGCUGGUCCAACACCUCGGUUCAGACCACCGAGAGAUUCAGCAAACUCCAGGCUCUUCUACUGCAGCAGCAGACUUUUCUGGAGAAGUGCGAGACCUGGAUGGAGUUCCUGGAGCAGACGGAGGAGAAUCUGUCCGUGGAGAUCUCCGGAAACUUUCAGAGUCUGUUGGAGCAGCAGAGAGCGCAUGAGUUGUUUCAGGCAGAGAUGUUCAGCAAACAGCAGAUUCUUCAUUCUAUCAUCAGUGAUGGACAGCACAUGCUGGAGCAGGAACAGGUGGACGACAGAGAUGAGUUCAGGAUGAAGUUGACUCUGCUCAGUAACCAGUGGCAGGGGGUGGUGAGACGCGCUCAGCAGCGCAGGGGGAUCAUCGACAGUCAACUGCGUCAGUGGCAUCGAUACAGAGAGAUGGCAGAGAAACUCAGAAAGUGGCUGCUGGAGGUUUCUCAUCAGACCGAGACCCUGCGAGCCGGAGCGCCCGUUCCUCUACAGCAGGCCCGAGUCAUGCUGGACACAGUUCAGAUGAGAGAGAAGGUUUUGUUGAGACAGCAGGGCAGUUAUAUCCUGACGGUGGAGACGGGGAGACAGCUCCUCCUGUCUGCAGACUCACGAGCUGAAGCCUCCUUACAGGAAGAGCUGAUGAACAUCCAGGAGCGCUGGAGACUCGCUGUCAGUCGUCUGAACGAGCAGAAGAAAGAGCUGACCGGCCUGCACAAGGACUGGGAGAGAUGUGAGAAGGGCAUCGGAGGGUCUCUGGAGAAACUGAGAGCAUUUAAACGUCAACUCUCUCAACCACUCCCAGAUCACCAAGAGGAGCUUCAUUCUGAAGAGAUGAGAUGCAGGGAUCUAGAGAAUAUGUUUGAUGGAUGGAAGGAGGAUCUGACUCAUCUGACGGUGUUGAGAGAGUCUCUGUCCAGUUACAUCACUCCUGAGGAUCUGUGUGUACUGCAGGAUCGUAUUGAGCUCCUGCAUCGACAGUGGGAAGAGAUUUGUCAUCAGUUGUGUCUGCGCAGGCAGCAGGUGAGCGAGCGGCUGAAUGAAUGGGCGAUCUUCAACGACAAAUAUAAAGAGCUGUGUGAUUGGUUGACUCGCAUGGAAAGUAAAGUUUCCCAAAAUGGAGACGUCAGCAUCGAAGAGAUGAUCGAGAAGUUAAGAAAGGACUAUCAGAAGGAGGUUUCAGCCGUGGAGGAGAAUAAAUAUGAGCUGCAGGAGCUUGGAGAGCGUUUGGCUCAAGCGAGUCACGAGAGCAAAGCCUCCAACAUAAAACACAAGCUCAACAACGUCAAUGAGCGCUGGCAACACCUACUGGACCUCAUAGGAGCCAGAGUGAAGAAGCUUCGGGAGACUCUGGUGGCCGUACAGCAGUUGGAUAAGAACAUGAGUAACCUGCGCUCCUGGCUCGCCCACAUUGAGACCGAGCUCUCCCGUCCCAUCGUCUACGACACCUGUGACUAUCAGGAGAUCCAGAGAAAACUCGACCUGCAGCAGGAGUUUCAGAGAGACAUCGAGAAGCACAGCACAGGUGUGGCGUCUGUAUUAAACCUGUGUGAGGUUCUGCUGCACGACUGUGACGCCUGCGCUACGGACACCGAGUGCCAAUCCAUCCAGCAGGCCACACGCACCUUGGACCGCCGCUGGAGGAGCAUCUGUGCCAUGUCCAUGGAGAGAAGACUCAAGAUUGAGGAGACGUGGCGUCUUUGGCAGAAGUUUCUGGAGGAUUUCUCUGGGUUUGAUGAGUGGCUCCUGACAUCAGAGACGACUGCAGCACUGCCCAACUCCUCAGGUGUCCUUUACACCGUCGCCAAAGAAGAGCUGAAGAAGUUUGAGACUUUCCAGCGGCAGGUGCAUGAGGGUCUGACACAGCUGGAGCUGAUCAAUAAACAAUAUCAACGUCUGGCACGUGAGAAUCGUACAGACGCGGCGUGUAGUCUGCGGGAGAUGGCGAAUCAUGUAAACCAGCGCUGGGAUAACCUGCAGAAGCGUGCGGCGUCGGUUCUGCGCAGACUGAAGCACUUCAUAAAUCAGCGUGAGGAGUUUGAGACAGCGAGAGACUUUAUUCUGGUGUGGCUGACCGAGAUGGAUCUGCAGUUAACAAACAUCGAGCAUUUCUCUGAAUUAGACGUCCAGGCCAAACUCAAACAGCUGAGGGCCUUCCAGCAGGAGAUCAGUCUGAACAACAGUAAAAUCGACAACAUAUUCCAGCAGGGUGAAGCUCUGUUAGAAAAGAGCGAGCCGAUAGAUGCCGCCGUGAUCCAGGAGGAGAUCGAGGAACUCCAGCGGUACUGUCAGGAAGUGUUCGGACGCGUGGAACGAUACUACAAGAAACUGAUACGAUUACCGUUUACAGACGAUGAGCCGGAUGUCUCGUACUCAGACCGGGACUUUGACCUGGACGAGUCGGGUGACAUCUCCGGCUUUCCCUGGAGCGAGCGCUUGGGAGACGGUCUGCUGUCCUCUCUGCCGUCCUCCAGUCGCUCGGCGUCGCUGGCCGCCCCUUCACGCACCGAACGCUCGGGCCGAGACACUCCAGGCAGCGUGGACUCCAUCCCUCUGGAGUGGGACCAUGAUUACGACCUGAGCCGUGGACUGGAGACCGCCGGAAGAGUCUUGUCCUCUGAGCCGCUGGAUCAAGCAGAAGACGGAGACCUGCGGGGCUCGGCAUCUGCUCUCUCAGAUGUAGUGAUUCCGGAGAGCCCCGAGGUGUAUCUUAAACUCACAGAGCAAACGCUGAGAUCCAGCGCCGGUGACGGCGGCUCUCUGGAGACUCACAUCAGACAGCUGGACAAAGCUCUCAACACCAGCUGCUUCCAUCUGCAGCAGACCGAGAACAUCAUCCGCAGUCGAACCCCCACCGGCCCCGAGCUGGACACCACAUACAUGGGAUAUAUGCGGCUGCUGGAAGAGUGUCGUGGCAGUAUAGACGCAGUGAAGCGUGUGGGAUUUGAGCUGAAAGAUGAGGACGAUACGGUGUCAGGUCUCAUCAACGCUAACAGCUCUGAGUCUCAAACCUCAGGUGUCAUCGAGCGCUGGGAGCUCCUGCAGGCUCAGGCUCUCAGUAAAGAACUGCGGAUGAAACAGAAUCUACAGCAGUGGCAGCAGUUUAACUCCGAUCUGAACAACAUCUGCGGCUGGAUGGAGCAGACAGAAGAAGAACUCCAGCGGCAGAGAGGACUGGGCCUCAGCACAGAUCUACAGACCAUAGAGCUGAGGAUCAAGAAACUCAAGGAGCUGCAGAAGGCUCUGGACAAGCGCAAGGCCAUCGUGCUCUCUAUUAAUCUGUGCAGCGCUGAGUUUGUGCAGUCUGACAGUGAGGAGACACGUGACCUGCAGACACGCUUGAAGGACAUGAAUAACAGAUGGGAACAUCUGAGCAGCUCUCUGGAUGAGUGGAGGACAUCUCUGAAGGAGGCUCUGAUGCAGUGUCAGGACUUCCACGAGAUGAGUCACGGUCUGCUCCUGUGGCUGGAGAAUAUUGACCGCAGAAGAAAUGAGAUCAUCCCUAUUGAUCACAGUCAGGACAUCGAUACUUUACAAGAGCAUCACAAAACACUUUUGAAAAUGCGGUGUGAGUUGUUGGACUCACAGUUGAAGGUGGCGUCCCUGCAGGACAUGUCUCUACAGCUGCUGGUUCACUCUGAGGGUGCAGACUGUCUAGAAGCCAAAGAGAAGGUCCACAUCAUCGGCAACCGUCUCAAAAUGUUGCUGAAGGAUGUGACGCGGGACAUCAGAGAGCUGCAGAAGACGCUGGACAUCACCAGCAGUCAGCAGGAUUUAUCCUCCUGGUCAUCCACCGAUGAUUUGGACACAUCAGGGUCCCUGAGCCCCGUGUCUGGACGCAGCACACCCAGUCGCCAGCGAUCGCCACGGGGCAAAAGUAUUCUUUCACAGCCCGGAGCCUCAGUGAGCAGUCCACGUCUCAGGUCUCACAGCGCCGCUGGAUCCGCUUCCUCCCGUUCUGAAGAGGAAGAAACUCCAUCGCGGUGUAGACGUUUCCUAAAGCGUGUCCUGUGGACCGCCCUGCCCCUGCAGCUCCUCCUCCUCCUGCUGGUGGGCGUGGCCUGUCUCGUGCCCACCUCUGAUGAAGACUACAACUGCGGCCAACUCAACAACUUUGCCCGCUCCUUUCACCCCAUGCUCAGCUACACCAACGGCCCUCCGCCCAUAUGAGCAUCAUCAGCUCGGCUGUGUGUGAGGGGACAUCCGCCUCCUUCAUUGUGUUGGCUGGUGAAUUACUGUCGUCUCUUUGUAUAGAAAACACAGCUGCUGAAGCAACAGUACAUCACUGAGUCUUGUGUAGAUUUUAGAACGAAGCCUAAUGCACUGAAAAACCUUGAAAUGCUGUGAGACCGAUCCAUGUGUAGUGCUGUAAAUGUUCUUCCAGGAGACAGUGACUGAUUUUGCGGGUUUCCAGUUUAUCGGGUCUCCAGACCUUUUUAAAUCAUGAAAUAAAGUUUAUUGAAGAGAAGUAUAGGAUUGCUAUAUGGAAUCGCUUGUAAUGAUGAACUUGUAAAAAAAGAACAAAUUCACGAACUCUAUAUUGCAAUUAUUUUUUAUAUGUAUUUUUGGCAUGUGGUCAUUCUAUUGCUUUUAAAAGGAUCCCAAAACCAUUCAUUUCUAUGGUAUUAGUCACUGUUGUUUUUCAUUUUUGAUCUCAGAUAUAUAAUAUGAACUGUGUUAUGAAUAUACUUUAAUGUAAACCACUGAUAUCAGAGAUGAAGGUAUUUAUGUAUGUACAGUUUGCUGAGGUCUCGGAACCCUAAGCAAAGAAAAUAUACAGAAUAUAAUAAAACUCAUAACCUGC